AUGUUUGAUUUCUCCAACCUGGACGACAUUGAGGACAAUGGGGCGACUCCUGAAUGGAAGAAGUGGCAGGGCAUCCGAUGGCAGCGCGAGCCCGAAGAAGAGCUGCCGGUCCUCAUAGAGGAGCGAGAAGAGACCUUCGCGGCUCCUGAGGUGGUCCAGGGCGACUUCGUCUGCUUGCCCAUCUCCGUGCCCAGCUUGCCGACAUCUGCCUUCGACCCACUGGAACUUGCUGCUGAGACUCCAGCAGCCCUACAAGGGAACACGGCUUCCCUGAAUGGCCAGGUCAUCGUCAACUUUGCCACCAGCGCGGUGGAGGAAUUCAUGCUGGCUCAGAGGGAGCGCGAGGAGUACAAGGCAUACAUCGAAAAGCUGCACGAGCAGCGACUAGCCUACCUCGCCGCCAAGAGGUCAGACAUCUUGGCCAAGAGAGGCCUCGAAAUGAGAGAGAAAGGGUCCGCACCGACUCUGGAUCGGAAGCCCUUCGCCUGGCGGGAGCUUCGCAGCAUCCUCAGCACCGACGCUAAGCAGAUGCCGAAGGACGGCUGGAUGUGUGAGUCAGUGCUGAACGCGAGCAAAAAGCUCACACGCUCCCUGGUCCCGGUGGGCUCAGGCAGGGUUCAGGGGUGA